AUUAGGUCCGAUUCCAUUGAAACACCUGAUUUUGUGAUUUUACUAGGCUAAAAAGGUGGAUACUCCUUUUCAGCAGCAAGAGUGAAACCUUUUCCUCAUCCUGUUGCAUGCUACUACUGCACAUGCAAGUUUCAUUUGUUUCUUUGUGUUUUUUUUCUUCCUAGAGAGAGAGAGAUAAUCAUAAGAGAAAGUAGAAAGAAUUAGACAAGCUAGCACCAUGUCAGACUCACACCUGAUCACUUUCUGUUUUCUUUCUUCCAUCCUUGCUCUUGUUGUCAUCUUCAUUUUCACCAAAACAAAGAAACCAACCCUUAAUCUCCCCCCUGGCCAAAUGGGGUGGCCCCUUCUCGGUGAAACCUUUGGGUAUUUGAAGCCUUUCUCUGCUGUUACACUAGGAGAAUUUAUGGAGAAGCGCAUAGCAAGGUAUGGUACAAUUUACAAGUCACACUUGUUUGGUGAUCCAGCCAUAGUGUCAGCAGAUGCAGGGCUGAAUAAGUUCAUAUUGCAGAACGAAGGGAAGUUGUUUGAGAUCAGUUAUCCAAAUAGUCUUGGGGCAAUACUUGGGAAAUGGUCUAUGUUGGUCUUAGUAGGGGACAUGCACAGAGACAUGAGGAAUAUAUCACUCAACUUUCUCAGUUAUGCGAGGCUCCGAAUAAAUCUUUUCAAAGAUAUGGAGAGGCAUGCCCUUCAAGUUAUAACCUCGUGGAAGCAAAAUUCUACAUUCUCAGCUCAAGCCGAAGCAAAAAGGUUCACCUUCAAUGUUAUGGCGAAACAUCUCAUGAGCAUGGAUCCUGAGAAUCUCGAGACAGAGCAAUUGAAGAGAGAAUAUGUCUAUUUCAUGAAGGGUGCUAUAUCUCCUGUGCCUUUGAAUUUUCCUGGAACAGCAUACAGAAAAGCAUUAAAGUCAAGGUCCAACAUACUGAAGUUCAUAGAGGCGAAAAUGGAAGUAAGGGCUAAGAGAAUGCAAAAGGGAAACGCAGGUUUGGAGGAAGAUGGUGAUCUUCUGAAUUGGGUUUUGAAGCAUUCAAAACUUACAAGUGAGCAAAUACUUGACUUGAUAUUGAGUUUGCUCUUUGCUGGCCAUGAAACAUCAUCGAUAGCCAUAUCUCUGGCUAUUUACUUCUUGUCAGGCUGUCCUCGAGCUAUACAACAAUUAAGGGAAGAGCACGUGGAAAUAGUCACUUCUAAGAAGCAGACAGGGGAGCUUGAAUUGACUUGGGAUGAUUACAAGAGAAUGGAGUUUACUCACUGUGUUGUAAACGAAACACUUCGACUAGGAAAUGUUGUGAGGUUCCUUCACAGGAAGGCUAUUAAAGAUGUUCGGUACAAAGGUUAUGACAUUCCACGUGGGUGGAAAGUCCUUCCGGUGAUUUCAGCGGUGCAUAUGGAUCCUUCACUUUUUGACCAACCCCAGCAAUUCAAUCCAUGGAGAUGGCAGGUGCAGGGUAAUAAUACAAGUGGAAGUUGCCAAAACGCAAGCAAUAAUAACUUCAUGCCAUUCGGAGGAGGAUCAAGAAUGUGUACGGGAUCAGACUUAGCAAAACUUGAAAUGUCUGUGUUCAUGCACCAUCUCAUCCUUAACUACAACUGGGAACUCGUUGAAGCAGAUCAACCUUUUGCAUACCCUUUUGUCGAUUUCCCCAAAGGUCUACCCAUCAAAGUCCAAAACUACAAAAACCCUUCACAAACUCUCUCCUAAUACCCUCUAAAGCCUCCUCAUUUGGUACAACAUUAUUAGGUUUCCUAUGGUUUAAUAAAUUAGUUUCUGCUUCUUCUUUUUUUCUUUCUUUUGUUUUUUUAAUUUUCGCGCUGUUAGAAGAUAAAAAAAACAUGUUUGUAUCAGUGACAUGUUUCCUAUAUGUAGAAAAUGAAUAAAAAUGUCUUUA